AGCGGGCGAGGAGGAGGCGUGGCGGAAAUUCGCUAGUGUAGUAGUGCCAUGCGCUACCUCUAUGUGGCACAUCUACUCUUAACUGAAGAAAGGAGACCCACGAUCACGCUUAUAGCUGGAGUGUGUUGACCAACACCUCACCCCUGCCCUCGGGAUUAAAUAGGGGAAGCCGAGACCUGUAUGGAUCGGCCAUCUCCAGCCGAUCGCGUGACUACCGCAGCGAAGGUAAAAGGAUUGCUGAAUCAUCUGACUGAAGCAAUAGCCUCACUAUCUUUGUUUUUUACACUGUAUCAACAAUGAAGCAAUGAUAUCUGAGCACAAAAGAACAUGUGCCAACUAACUGUCCUCACAAUUGAAGUGACUGUGUAAGCAGAAACAUGCUGCAGCAGACCUGUGUCAGCUGGUAGACAGAGAAUGCAUUCUUCUGAUUCUGGUAUUUAAAAGAAAUUUUAGCAUAAUACAUCUAAAUUAUAACCUACAUCAAAUGAAAUAAAAAUGAGUGAAGCUCCCAGAUUCUUUGUUGGGCCUGAAGAUACAGAAAUCAACCCUGGUAAUUAUCGCCAUUUCUUCCACCAUGCGGAUGAAGAUGAGGAGGAGGAGGAUGAAUCUCCACCGGAAAGGCAGAUUGUGGUUGGAAUAUGUUCCAUGGCAAAGAAAUCCAAAUCCAAACCCAUGAAGGAAAUUCUCGAACGGAUCUCCUUAUUUAAAUAUAUUACAGUAGUAGUAUUUGAAGAGGAUGUUAUUUUGAAUGAACCAGUGGAAAACUGGCCUUUAUGUGAUUGUCUUAUUUCUUUCCAUUCUAAAGGAUUUCCACUGGACAAAGCAGUUGCCUAUGCAAAACUCAGGAAUCCAUUUGUAAUCAAUGACUUGAAUAUGCAGUAUCUCAUACAAGAUAGGAGGGAAGUAUAUAGUAUCCUUCAAGCUGAAGGUAUUUUACUUCCUCGUUAUGCAAUUUUGAACCGUGACCCAAAUAAUCCCAAAGAAUGCAGUCUAAUUGAAGGGGAAGAUCAUGUAGAAGUAAAUGGGGAAGUUUUCCAAAAGCCAUUUGUAGAAAAGCCAGUCAGUGCAGAAGAUCACAAUGUUUACAUUUAUUAUCCAACAUCUGCUGGUGGUGGAAGUCAAAGACUUUUUCGAAAGAUUGGCAGUAGAAGCAGUGUUUAUUCCCCAGAAAGCAGUGUACGAAAAACAGGCUCGUAUAUAUAUGAAGAGUUCAUGCCUACAGAUGGUACUGACGUUAAGGUUUAUACAGUGGGUCCAGAUUAUGCCCAUGCUGAAGCUCGAAAAUCGCCAGCACUGGAUGGCAAAGUGGAACGAGAUAGUGAAGGAAAAGAGGUGAGAUACCCUGUUAUUCUCAACGCACGAGAGAAAUUAAUCGCUUGGAAAGUCUGCCUUGCAUUUAAGCAAACAGUUUGUGGCUUUGAUUUGUUACGGGCCAAUGGACAGUCCUAUGUCUGUGAUGUCAAUGGCUUCAGCUUUGUGAAAAAUUCCAUGAAAUACUAUGAUGAUUGUGCAAAAAUACUUGGCAAUAUUGUGAUGAGAGAGCUUGCUCCACAAUUUCAUAUCCCCUGGUCAAUACCCUUAGAAGCUGAAGAUAUCCCCAUUGUACCAACUACAUCGGGAACUAUGAUGGAACUUCGAUGUGUCAUAGCUGUCAUACGUCAUGGGGAUCGAACACCAAAGCAAAAAAUGAAGAUGGAAGUGAGGCAUCAAAAAUUUUUUGAUCUUUUUGAAAAGUGUGAUGGAUAUAAAUCUGGGAAGUUAAAACUUAAAAAGCCAAAACAAUUACAGGAAGUGUUGGAUAUUGCACGGCAGCUUCUUAUGGAGCUGGGACAGAAUAAUGAUUCUGACAUUGAAGAAAACAAGUCAAAACUUGAACAACUUAAGACAGUGUUAGAGAUGUAUGGCCAUUUUUCUGGAAUAAAUCGUAAGGUACAAUUAACCUAUCUCCCUCAUGGUUGUCCUAAAACAUCUAGUGAGGAGGAAGACAGCCGAAGAGAAGAACCAUCCUUACUUUUGGUUCUAAAAUGGGGAGGAGAACUAACCCCUGCAGGCAGGGUCCAGGCCGAAGAACUUGGAAGAGCUUUCAGGUGUAUGUAUCCUGGCGGUCAAGGAGAUUAUGCAGGAUUUCCUGGUUGUGGUUUACUUAGAUUACAUAGUACCUACCGGCAUGACCUCAAAAUAUAUGCCUCUGAUGAAGGACGAGUGCAGAUGACUGCAGCUGCUUUUGCAAAGGGGCUCUUGGCACUCGAAGGAGAGCUUACCCCCAUUCUUGUUCAGAUGGUAAAAAGCGCAAACAUGAAUGGUCUUCUGGACAGCGACAGCGACUCCCUGAGCAGUUGUCAGCAGCGUGUGAAAGCAAGACUUCAUGAAAUACUGCAGAAAGAUAGAGAUUUCACUGCAGAAGAUUAUGAAAAGCUUACUCCAUCUGGAAGCAUUUCUCUUAUUAAAUCAAUGCAUUUAAUUAAAAAUCCUGUGAAGACCUGUGACAAAGUUUAUUCCUUGAUACAAAGUUUGACUUCACAAAUCAGACAUCGCAUGGAAGAUCCCAAAUCAUCAGAUAUUCAGCUUUACCAUAGUGAAACAUUAGAGCUUAUGCUACGUAGAUGGUCCAAGUUGGAGAAAGACUUUAAAACAAAGAAUGGAAGAUAUGACAUUAGUAAGAUCCCUGACAUAUAUGACUGCAUAAAGUAUGACGUCCAGCAUAACGGUUCCUUGAAAUUAGAAAAUACAAUGGAAUUAUAUAGGCUUUCGAAGGCAUUAGCAGAUAUUGUUAUCCCUCAGGAAUAUGGAAUAACCAAAGCUGAAAAGCUGGAGAUUGCCAAAGGCUACUGUACCCCUCUAGUUAGAAAAAUUCGCUCAGACCUUCAGAGGACACAAGAUGAUGACACUGUGAAUAAACUCCAUCCUGUGUAUUCCAGGGGUGUUCUGUCCCCUGAACGUCACGUCCGUACCAGAUUAUAUUUCACUAGUGAAAGUCAUGUACAUUCUCUACUAUCCAUUCUUCGUUAUGGUGCCUUAUGCAACGAAUCAAAAGAUGAACAGUGGAAACGAGCUAUGGAUUAUUUAAAUGUUGUCAAUGAACUGAACUACAUGACUCAGAUUGUUAUCAUGCUUUAUGAGGAUCCUAACAAGGAUCUUUCUUCAGAGGAACGCUUUCAUGUUGAAUUACACUUUAGUCCAGGAGCCAAAGGGUGUGAAGAAGAUAAAAAUCUACCAUCCGGCUAUGGAUAUAGACCAGCUUCAAGAGAGAAUGAAGGCAGGCGGUCUUUUAAAGUUGAUAACGAUGAUGAACCACAUACUUCUAGAAAAGAUGAGGUUGAUCGAGGUGUACUAUUAUUCAAACCUAUGGUAUCAGAACCAAUUCAUAUACACAGGAAGUCGCCCCUGCCAAGAUCCAGGAAGAUGGCUACAAACGAAGUAAAUUAUUCAAGUAAAACCUUGAAGACUCUUUCCAGCGUCUGCCAUCUCCAUGGAUAUCAGAAGUUUGUACUUCCAAAAGACACACAGAGAAAAAGACUAUUCUCUUCAUUUUGUGAAGAGAGCCCCCUGAGUGUGUCUAGCCCAGAGGGUACUGGUACCUGGCUGCAUUAUACCAGUGGUGUGGGUACUGGGCGUCGAAGACGCAGAUCAGGGGAACAAAUCACUUCUUCCCCUGUCUCCCCCAAAUCAUUGGCUUUCACAUCCAGUAUUUUUGGCUCAUGGCAACAGGUUGUAUCUGAAAAUGCUAAUUACCUGCGAACACCAAGAACUCUUGUGGAACAGAAGCAGAACCCUACUGUAGGGUCACACUGUGCGGGCCUGUUUAGCACCUCGGUGCUCGGGGGUUCUUCAAGCGCACCUAACCUACAGGAUUAUGCUCGUACUCAUCGUAAAAAGCUGACCUCUUCUGGCUGCAUAGAUGACGCCACACGCGGUUCUGCUGUUAAAAGGUUUUCUAUCUCAUUUGCUCGACACCCAACCAAUGGCUUUGAAUUGUAUUCCAUGGUGCCAUCUAUUUGUCCUCUAGAAACUCUUCACAAUGCCCUGUCUUUAAAGCAGGUGGACGAAUUUCUUGCUUCCAUUGCUUCUCCAUCAAGUGAAGUUCCACAGACGACCCCUGAACUUUCUUCUACAGUUUCACGUUCCAGUCCAGUAAUGAGAAGAAAAGUGUCUCUAAAUACAUACACACCUGCAAAGAUCCUCCCGACACCACCCACCACCUUAAAGAGUACUAAAGCGAUCAGCAAGCCAGCCACCAGUGGACCCUCUAAUGCAGUUGUGCCCAGUACCUCAUCCCGGAGAAAGAGUGUAACUAACAAAACAGAAAUGCAUGAACACAAAAAAAACACUGGGAAGAAGAAAUGAAAUCUAGCAGGAGCCCAAACUCCUUAUACUUAAAAAGAAUCACAUGUUUAUUAGAAAACGUCAUGUAGUAAGUCUUGGCUCAAAGCUGUCAAAGCAAAUAGUUUAUGUUUCUUCUUAUAUCUCUCUGUAUUCAUUUAAAACUAUGUGACCUCUGGAGAGUUCUUUGUGUAUAUUCAGGUAGGAAACUGUUGUCAUGAUCUGGAAGUGUUUAAAACAAUGUUUAUUAGCAUUUUAUGAGUAGCAAAACUUACGGUGAUAAAGGUCUGUCGUUCUUACUGUGAUGUUUACAGGUACGUAAAGACACGUAAAUACCCUGCUGGCUGGUACCAGUGUGGAGCCAGUAGCACUGCCCCACGGAGAAUCCGAGAAGUGGAUUCUGCACACAUUUCAUUAUCAUGGAUAGCAUCUUGGCUUUAAAAACCUGUAGCUCUGAAAUUAAUUUUAAAAAAAAAGAAAAACCUGUAGCUUUGGUUGAAAUUUGGUGGUCCAUAUUACAUCUUGGGGACUUUUAAAAAGUACAUUUCCAAAGAGAGAUCAUUGACCAUUUAAUUACAAAUAUUUCCCCUGCAGUUGUUAACAACUACAUAUAUGCUGCAAUAUUUAAUAAUUGGAGUUACAGUCCAUGGGUUAUUUUUUCAAUCUGUGCUUUGAAUUUUUUUACUGUGUGUUAUUUAAAAUAUUGCAUAUACAGCUGGGAUAUCUACAGCUUUAUGCACAUAAAUUUAUAUAUUCAUUUGUAGAAGAUAUUUUCAUUAUAUAUUUACUUACCAUUAUGUUCUUUUGUUCAUCAGGAAAAUUUUGCUUCAUAUAUUGGCGAGAAAGACAUCUUUAGAGUUUCUUUUUAAGAGAUAUAAUUGACAACUUUAUAAAAUGUAACACUUUUGGAGCUCUUUUUAGAUUUAAGGAAAAGUUCAAAAAUAGAAAAACCAUCAGUGUGAGAAGAAUAUCUGAAUUCCACAGCACCUGUUUUCACUUUUUAUGUCUGGUGUAUCCCUUGAUCUCACUAAGAAAGCUUCAAUAUUGACCAUCCGAAUAAAUAUUUUUUUCACAUGAUUAGAUUUCAAAGGGAAAUUGAGAUCAUUGUGUUGUGAUUUCAUGUGUGAUGUGAAAAAAUAUUACCUUUGGUGCUUUUUUACCUCUGCACAAAUAGUUAAUUAUUUAAAACUUGAAAUGACUUAAACUGUAAACCAAACAGUACAACCUGGUAAGAAACCCAUGCAUUGCCAGUCAGGUAACUUAUAUUGCGAAAGCUUUAGCGUGAAGCUUCUUGUUAUAAAAUUAUUGAAUUCUCGUAUGAAUACAACUAUUAAAAUUCUUCAGAAGAGACUCUCCUAACCUUAAAUUAGCAUAUAUGAACUAACUUUUAGAAAAUAGUCAUAUUACAUGUUAGUUUUAAAAGGUACCAGAUGUGAAAGUCAUGAAUAUAUACAAUUAUGUAAGUUCGUAUUCUUCACAUGAAUGUAAAUGUAUUAUGUGGAGACCUGUCUUAUAAACAGUUGAAUGUACCUAAGCUUUUUGUAUGUAAAAAUGUAGCUACUGUGCUCAUAGCGGGGGUAAGGAAACUACUUUUAUUUUUUAAGUGGAACUGAAUUAAAAUAUUUUAUUUCCAGAA